CUGUCAAAGAAGAAACCUUGGAGAUCGAUACAUAUAAAUGUGAGGUCCAUGAGAUAUGCAAAAUGUGGUUUUGUGACUCAGCACCAUGGAUACCCACACUAGGAAUUCUGGGUUGCAUAUUCUCUCUCUGCUGGCCAUUUUUAUGAUUCUUCUUCAAUAUUCGAGUUCCACUACAUUUGGUGCCAGUGAAGAGGAGCAAUUGGAAACCAUGGUGGAGGGUGCUGAAAAUCAUUUAGCAUAUCCUGGCAGAAGUUAUGGGAUUGGUGAUCUGGGGACGAUGGAGGAUGAUCCAUGGCUAAUGGUGCAGAAGAAAGGGAACCAAUUUGUGGUUGACGACCAACCUUUCUAUGUAAAUGGCUUCAACACUUAUUGGUUGAUGGUAUUUGCUGCGGAUGAAUCAACCAGAGUAAAGGUCACGGAUGUGUUUAAACAAGCAUCUUCGGUGGGUCUAACAGUUUGCAGAACUUGGGCAUUUAAUGAUGGACAGUGGCGAGCUCUUCAGAAAUCUCCAUCGGUUUACGACGAAGAAGUUUUCAAGGCCUUGGAUUUUGUUGUGAGUGAAGCAAAAAAAUACAAGAUCAGGCUCAUAUUGUCAUUAACUAACAACUGGGAUGCAUAUGGUGGCAAAGCACAAUACGUGAAAUGGGGAAAAGCUGCCGGCCUGAAUUUAACAUCCGAUGAUGACUUCUUCUCUGAUCCAACCCUCCAGAGUUACUACGAGGCACAUGUUAAGACGGUGCUUAAUAGAGUCAACACAGUCACAAAUAUAACUUACAAGGAUGACCCAACAAUUCUUGCUUGGGAGCUGAUGAACGAGCCUCGAUGCAUAUCAGAUCCCACUGGAAAUAAACUGCAGGGAUGGAUACAAAAAAUGGCAGUCUAUGUGAAGAGCAUCGAUCCAAAACAUUUGGUGGAGAUUGGACUGGAAGGAUUUUAUGGUCCCUCAGCACCUGACAGAGUUCAGUUUAACCCAAAUACAUAUGCCCAACAAGUGGGAACUGACUUUAUCAGGAACCAUCAGGUUUUAGGCGUUGAUUUCGCUUCUGUUCACAUUUAUGCAGACUCUUGGAUUUCACAAUCAAUUUCGGAUGCCCAUCUGCAAUUCACAAAGUCAUGGAUUGAAGCUCACAUAGAAGACGCAGAGAAAUAUCUUGGGAUGCCUGUUGUGUUUGCUGAAUUUGGUGUAUCUACAAAGGACCCUGGCUACAACUCGUCUUACCGGGACGCCCUUCUCACAACAGUAUACACGACCCUCUUGAACUCUACAAAGAAGGGAGGGAGUGGGGCUGGUAGCCUUUUAUGGCAGCUUUUUCCUGAAGGGACAGACUACAUGGAUGAUGGGUAUGCAAUUUUUCUAUCGAAAUCUGCUUCAACAUCAAAAAUCAUAUCCCUUCAGUCCACAAGACUCGCGACCUUCAACUCCAAGUGUUCUUGGAAGUGUCACUGGGGCUGCAAGAAGAAGCAUUCUUGGGAGACAUUCCUUUACCCUGAUGAACUGUAAAAUUAAACAUGAAAAAAAAAAAAAAAAGUCCCAAUAUGGUGGAAGAGGGAACAUACUGAUGAAAAUGUAAGUUUUUAUAUGCAAAGACAUGAAUGUUAAUUUCA